AUGAGCGACUCCGUCGUCUUAGACGGCAAGCAGCUGGAGAUGGAGAAGUGGGCGAUACCCUAUGAAGAUGCUGCGGCCCGUCUACAGCGACCCGAGCUGAAGAUCGUGACGCUGCAGAAGGCGUGCAGCUGCAUGACCCAGGCUUCUUUCGAAGCAACCAAGGGAGCAGCAGCGCAUGCAGCAAUCGUAGGAGUUGUUUGUUCUCUCUCGGAUCCUUCGAAGCAACCAAGGGAGCAGCAGCGCAUGCAGCAAUCGGAAACGAAUCUGCUUCUGACAUUCCGAGGAGAAGGGUUGUGGAGUAGCCUAAGGAAGAAAGGAAUACAGAGAGGAGACCUCAUCGCAGUGCUAAACCCUUCGCUUCUCCCCAAGAACGAUGGCGGGGACUCGCGAGCAGCGGCGGUCGAGGACGAAGACCAAAUCUUACAAAUUGGAACAGUAAAGGGAAUAGCGCGCUGCAGCGCCAUGACGCGAAGGCAGACGCAGUGCCGCCAAAUGGUCCAUCUGCCAAGCAUGGGGGAGUACUGCCGCUUUCAUGUGAACGUGAAGGAUAUGCAGAAGCCAAAGGGAGCAAAUGCAGCAUCUGUUGUAAACUCAAUCAACGAGCUGCUAGACAGCUCAGACAAAGAGAGACGCACGGCGAUACUGAAUACGCUGGCCCCUUCAUCUGCUACUUCUGCUUCUGCUGCUGCUGCUGCUGCUGCUGCAGUUACAGCUGCGCCGCAGGCACAGACAAACACCAGUCGUCAGCAGCAGCAGCAAAAGGAGAAUGUGCCAGUGCAGCAGAUGCAGGCUAAGCAGCAAGCGAUGAGCAACAAACACCAGUCGUCAGCAGCAGCAGCAAAAGGAGAAUGUGCCAGUGCAGCAGAUGCAGGCGAAGCAGCAAGCGAUGAGCAGUACGUGCAGCAGUGCCUCCUCUUACUCCCGAUAGCCGUUGUCACCGCCGCAUUGUUUAUUGUUGCUUUACUCGGCCCACCAACUGUUGCUGCUGCUUCUGCUGCUGCUGCUGCUGCUGCUGCUGCAGAGUUGCUGCAGCGAAGCAUACUGCUGCAGCAAACCUCCAGCAGAUGUUCACCGCCUGUGAGUGGAAACGAAAACUCAGCAAGCAGCAACAAGGCCACCGCAGAGACCCCCGCAGGCAGCAGCGCACGGAGCAGCAGCAACAGCAGCAGCAGCAACAACAAAAGCAGUAGCAACGGCAACAGCAGCAACGGCAGCAACAACAACAACAGCAGCACGAGCAGCAUCAACAGGAGCUGCAGCCAAUCUUCAAUCAGCAACGGCCCCCCUGCCACUGGCAGCAGCAGCAGCAGCGGCAGCAGCAGCAGCAGCGCCGGCAGCGCAGCGGAUAGGGACAAGCAGGCGGCGGAGGCCUUCGGUAACAACAAGGACAUGGCUCUGGCGAUCCAGCUGUCUCUCACCAAGCGCAUGCGUUUUGACUCCACCCCGCAUCUGGCGCAGCAGGCCAAGGACCUCCACACACAGCUGUUCCUACACCCCAAUGCAGAAUUAGCACUGCUGGCCUUCAAGAACUACCGCUAUCUCCACCAUAUCGCUACAGUUACAACGCGGAGUGUCCAGAAACAGAAGCAGCAGCAACAACAACCACGGGGUGUCGCAGUGCCGGGGCAGCCCGCAACCACUGCAGCAGCAGCAGCAGCAGCAGCAGCAGUGCCAAAGGUGCGCGGCAGCAGCCUUACACCUGACAAGCCAGAGACACCAGCAGCAGCAGCGGCCGCGGUGGCAGCAGCUGCAGCAGCUGGAGCUGCUGCCGAACAGCGGCAGCAACCGCAGACACCUCUUCUGGACUCAGCAGCAGAUGUGCGGCGGGCGCUACGGGAGAUGAAGAAGCCAAAGCUUGUUGCUUCAACCCUAAGCGCCCUGAAACAAACACAGAAGGCUGGCGAGGCCCUGCAGCUCUCAGCAGAGAGGCAGCAGAAACGGCUCGCCAAGGAACAGCAGCAAAACGAAAGAGCAGCAAAGAUGCAACGUGCAGCUUCACAGAUGUCCCCUGCUGCUGCUGCUGCGAAGGCUGCAGCAACCGAAGCAGAAAAAAGAGAAAUCCUGGAGAAAAUGCUUCAACUCAAGUCCUCCGUAGCCGAUAUUGUCGAUGAGGGUUUAAGGAUUGCGGGGUCUUCUCAGGAAGACGGCCAGCGCCAUCUGGAGCGCCUUCGCUCACUGGAGGCCUCUGACAUUAAACAUGAAUUCAAGCAGUCCAUCAAGGAGACAACAGUUACAGCUUUCUUCUGCCUUCAGUGCGAGAGGUACACUGACCGGCUGAAUGCUGCAUGCGUCGCUCGCAACCAUCAGCAGCAGCCACGCAAGGCGACGAAGCGUUUCGUCCAGUGCGGGGGUUGUGGCCACAAGCCAAUUCCAACACUUAACAACCAGCUCCCCGACGGCUGCCCGAACGGCACCGAAGUAGCCCCCUUCAAGAAGCAGCAGCAACAGCAGCAGCAGCAACGUGCAGACGACGGUUCAGGGGACGAAGGCUUCUUCGACCAUCCAGACCUUCCCACUGUUUCCUGA